AUGGCUGCAGCACAGCCGCCGCCUUUCGAAGCCCUGCUGAACGAGGUCUUUUCUCUUGACGACCGAAUCAUGCGUCCUUCUUUCGAUUUUGGAUACUCUCAUGGCGCCGAGAGGAGCCGGCAAACGCUGCCGUCAGAGUCUCUCGCGCAACAAAUGGAAGGCUUCACCUACAACUACGAUUUGACACAAUCUACUCCGCGCUCCCUCACAGGUUUCGACCGGUUUUCGUUGGCCGGUAUCAGCGAGCAAAUGUAUGUCGAAUGGAACACCGCCCUCAAAACCCCCAGCCCGACCCAGGCUGUGGUCCCGUGCCCCCUCGGCCCUGAACACGAGGGGCAACCCGCCGGAAAGUGUUCAAAAGUCCUCUGGGAUCUCAACAGGAGACACAGUGAGCCACGAGAGAACUACCUCCAUAUUCAAAGAUGCCAUAAAACAAGUUAUACGUCGAGGUUCAGGCAUAGCAGUCCUCUCAUCACACAGGAAACUUGUCGUGGAUGGAGCUACGCACAGGAGUUCGUCGAUUCGGACAAUUACGACAUUCUGUCUCCCCGAGACUCUGUUUCCGAACAAUCUAAGGUUGUGGCCACCAAGCUCAACGACAUCCCACAGGACGGUGUACUACGACUGGAGCAACUCAAUAGGAAGGUCCUACUCGCGAUGGAAACACAACCGCUGGACAGAAGGAGAAGCAGUGUCGAAACAUCUGGUUCAAGCUAUCGGAGAGAUUCAGAGCAGAUCAGAUUCCUUGCCAGUCAUGAACAACACACCCGAUCGGGAUUGGCAUCGGAGUACAUCCCACCAGCUCCAGGCAAGGCACCAUACCGGCCACUAAGUCGCCCACAAGGUCAAAUUAGACUUUUCCGUCUGGCAAAAACUACCCACGAGGGCCAGAUCAAGGGUUCAUUCGUUUAUUCCGACAUAAAGUCAUGUCCGAAGUACACUGCUUUGUCAUAUGCUUGGGGAAAGCCGACCAAGACACGGAAAAUUGCCGUGGAUGGACGAGACGACUUCGAGAUCGGGGAGAAUUUAUGGUGGUUCCUCCACUGUCGAAGCCUGACUUUGAAGAAACCUCGACUAUUCUGGAUCGACGCGAUCUGCAUUGACCAGGACAACGUGCGUGAGCGAAACCACCAAGUCGGCCUGAUGAAGCAUAUUUAUUCGAUGGCUUCGAGCGUCUACAUCUGGCUGGGUCGCGAAUCGGAGAACAGCCGCCUGGCAAUGGACUUCCUCGUAAAUGAAAGCACAAGGCCUCUCAAGCAGCAGGUCGACGACUUUCGCCCCAUAUGGGGCAGACAAGAGGGCAAAGCCAUCCGAGAUCUCUGCCAAAGGCCGUACUGGAGACGCAUGUGGAUCAUCCAGGAGAUCAUUCACGCAAAUAGGCUCACGGUAUGGUGUGGCUCCCAAAGCGUUGACUGGCCCGUACUCGACAGGCUGUACCUCACCAUUAAAACGAUCGAGGAAGAGAACCGCCUAGCACACCACGAGUUUGUCACGGACGUCCUGCGGAGCCCGGCGUUCGUCAUGGUUUGGCAGAGAGCCCACUGGAGGCAUCCAGAGACGCCGACGCCCAAGCUUCAGACACUCGUAGAGAUAUUCCAGGGCUGGGAGUGCACGGAUCUCAGGGACAAGGUCUAUGCUCUUGUCAGUAUGGCAGAUCAGGGAACCGCUGUUUCACCAGAUUAUUCGCGAUCUGCACGGCAGAUUUACCAUGAUGUAUUGCGUCAGGGAGUAGCUUGCGAUAAUCGUUUCCGCAAAUUGCUUGCUCACGUUCUUGGACUUCCUGCGGAGCAUCGUGGAUAA